UUUAAAAUGUCUCCUUAACAACCGACCUGAGAGACAAACAGAAGAAGUUUCCACUGGACAAAGGCUUCGUAAGUAACACGUCUCCGUGUCGCUCCGCGUUCAUUAACUAGCGACAACACGCGCUGACUCGCAAUAUCACCCCGGUGGACUUAAGAGUCGGAAUGGCUGGGACAGGCGAGGGGAAGAAAGAAGAGGCCGACUAUAAAAGACUGCACAGCUUCCCCCUCAUCAGGCACACAGACAUGCCGGAGGAAAUGAGGGUGGAGACCAUGGAGCUGUGCGUUACAGCUUGUGAAAAGUUUGCAACCAACAACGAGAGUGCAGCGAAGAUGAUCAAAGAGUCCAUGGACAAGAAAUUCGGCAGCUCGUGGCACGUGGUGAUCGGCGAGGGCUUCGGCUUCGAGGUCACGCACGAAGUGAAGAACCUGCUGUACAUGUUCUUCGGCGGGAGCCUGGCGGUGUGCGUGUGGAAGUGCUCGUAGCACCUCCUCCUCCUCCUCCUCCUCCUCCUCCCCCGUGUGACGCGGCCGCCGGGCUGGGAACGAACACCAGCCACCAGCCAGACGCUGGCUACACCCUCGUCCGUCCACGCCGGACGCCACUAAAGUCUCCUCUCUCUCCGGGGGGGAAGCGGUUUGAAAGGGGAAUUCACGGCGGCCGGUCGACCUGAACGCGGCUCCCGGGCCUCGUCCGUCGCCGUCCUCCUCCUCCUCCUCCUCCUCCUCCUCCUCCUCCUCCUCCUCCUCCUUCUAAUCUCUCCAUCCGUCCCUCCCAUCCACAAACAUCUGUUGGCGCGCCCGGGCAAACGAGUUCAACUUUGACGAGAAUCAACAGCCAGCCAGGGUCUCCACAGUCCUUUACCCUCCUUCCUCUUCAGGGAGUGCGUGCGUGCGUGCGUGUGCGUUAGUGAGUCCAUGUGUUCGUGUGUGCUGGACACACACUUGUUUUUUUGAAAACGACAUCACAUCGUCACCUUCCUCGGCCGACUGAGCAGAACCCGUGCAACACUAAGCCGUCCAUCCGUAACUUUUCACACGUGUCUUUCUCUCUCUCUCUAUCUCCAACCGCACUAAGUCUUUCAAUAAAAUUUGUAAUAUUUUUUAUGUGUACAUAUUUUUAAGCGACUUGAAAAAAAAAGAAAAGAAAAAAGAACGACUUCUUUUUAAAGACCAGUCUCAUCUUCUUACGACUGAAGGCUCGGAGUCUCCUGAGCCGAACACUGAACCCGAUCCACCUUUUCCUCCUCGUAAAGGUGUUUGUAAUAAUCCCGAAUAAAUAAUCGCCCCCACUGGGCGGUGAUAGCAAUGUGAUUGUUUCUUUGUUGAUGCCAGUUGUAAUGAUCCAGUGCAAUGGACCAUUAUGUGUGAACUGACCUGAUUGUACAAUAAACUGAAAUGUGGUGAAAUAGAAA